GUCUUUUAUCAAAUCAUCAUGGCUACUUUUAUUGCCAAGACAUUUCCAGAGAAGAGCAUUGUUCUGCCAUGAAUUUUCUCAGGGUUAUACUCAUCCUUUUGUUCACAGUCUCCUUUCUUUCUUCAGUGUCAGCGGAAUCUGGCUCAUAUAUCAUCCAUGUGGACUCAUCAGCCAUACCUAAAGUCUUUUCUGGCCACCAUACCUGGUAUUUGUCAAUGCUUUCUUCAAUAUCAGACACUGCCAGUGCCACUUCUAAGCUCAUAUACACAUACUCUAAUUCAAUCCAUGGUUUCAGUGCCAGCCUCACUUCAUCUGAGCUUGAAGCCCUCAAAAAUUCCUUUGGCUACAUUUCAUCCACUCGAGAUCUUCCUCUUAAACUCCACACAACUCAUACUUCUCAAUUUCUGGGUCUAAGCUCAAAUUCGGAUGCGUGGACAGCUCCCAAUCAGGGGGAAGAUGUCAUAAUUGGUCUAGUUGAUACCGGGAUUUGGCCGGAAAAUGAGAGCUUUAAUGAUGAGGGGAUGACUGAAGUCCCCUCCAAAUGGAAAGGAAAUUGUGAGUCUGCCACCAAAUUCAAUUCCUCCUUCUGCAACAAGAAACUUGUUGGAGCUCGCUUUUACAAUAAAGGUCUCCUCGCUAACAAUCCUAGGCUAAAGCUGUCCAUUUCAACAAACUCUCCCAGAGAUUCAAUUGGCCAUGGUACACAUACUUCCUCCAUAGCUGCUGGAAACUAUGCAAAAGGAGCAUCUUUCUUUGGCUACGCUCCAGGGGUUGCAAGAGGCAUGGCGCCACGAGCCCGAGUAGCCAUGUACAAAGCAGUUUGGAGAUAUGGGGUUUACGCAUCGGAUGUUCUUGCUGCAAUGGACCAAGCAAUUCAAGAUGGAGUGGAUGUACUGUCCAUAUCCUUGGGCUUGAGCUUGGCUGACACUUUUGUGAAAGAUGAUCCAAUUGCAAUAGCUGCUUUUGCUGCCAUGGAGAAGGGUAUUUUUGUUGCAGCAUCUGCCGGAAAUGAUGGGCCGUUCUACUGGAGUUUAAUCAACGGAGCACCGUGGAUGCUAACAGUAGGCGCCGGUACUGUUGACCGUGAAUUCGGCGGAACUUUAACUCUGGGAAAUGGAGUUCAAAUCGGCUUUAAAUCUCUCUAUCCAGGUAAUUUUUCUCUGAAUCAAAUGUCCUUGGUUUUUAUGGAUGAAUGUACAAAUUCAGAGGAAUUGAAAGAAUUAAGAAACAGCGUCAUUGUCUGCAAGGACAACCUCAAUUUAAGAAAUCAAGUGGAAACCGUUAGGACUGCAGGGGUUCCAGGGGCUGUUUUCAUAUCCGACUCUGCUUCCUCUGAACUUUUCACCAGAACCUCUUUUCCGGCAGCUUUUGUUGGCCUUCAUGACGGCCAAACUGCAAUAGAUUACAUUAAGGAAAGCCAGAGUCCGACAGGAAGCUUUCAAUUCCAGAAGACGAGAGUUGGCACAAAACCGGCCCCGAGAGUAGAUAGUUACAGCUCGAGGGGACCAUUUUUGAGCUGCCGCAAUGUCCUGAAGCCAGACAUCUUGGCCCCUGGCACUUUAGUCUUGGCAUCUUGGUCUCCAACUAAUGCAGUUGCUGAGGUCCGAUCACGUCGGUUGUUUAACAAUUUCAAUCUUGUCUCCGGUACCUCCAUGGCUGCACCGCACGCGGCGGGCGUGGCGGCAAUUCUAAAGAGAGCUCACCCUGAUUGGAGUCCAGCGGCCAUCCGCUCUGCCAUGAUGACCACAGCCAAUGACUUGGACAAUACUUUUGCCCCUAUAAAAGAUGUUGCAGAUUAUAACCGACCAGCUAGCCCUCUAGACAUUGGAGCUGGCCAUAUCAAUCCCAACAAAGCUAUCGAUCCCGGGCUAGUCUAUGAUGCAACGGCUAAGGACUACAUAAAAUUUCUCUGUGCAAUGAAGUACACUGCAACAGAAAUUCGGAUCAUCACAGGGUCUAGUAACAAUUGUUUGAACAAGUCAUUGGACCUUAAUUACCCGUCUUUCAUUGCUUUCUUUAAUGAUGAGAAGAGUACUAGCCAGGAUCAGAAGGUUGUUAGAGAGUUCCGGCGGGUCGUGACUAACGUAGGCGAGGGAGAGGCGAGUUACACGGCGGAGCUGACAGGCCUGGAUGGUAUUAAGGUGACGGUGGAGCCAUGGAAGUUGGAAUUCAGGAAGAAGCAGGAGAAACAGAGCUACAGGCUAAGUUUGGAGGGCCCAAAGUGGAUGGAAAAGGAGGUUGUUCAUGGUUCUUUGAGUUGGGUUGAUGAUGAAGGUAAAUAUGUGGUGAGGAGUCCAAUAGUGGCCACAAUGCUCAGGCCAGAGAUCCCUUAAAGGGCAUGGUUUCUUUUUUGGGCCCAUCAAGCCUGUCUGAUAAUUUUCUUUUCUUUUGUUUUUGUGGGGGGGCUAGAACCCAAGACUUGUAGUCACUUCGGGCUGGUUUACAUGAAGCCCAAGGAUGAUCGGCUUGCUCGGCUACCGUUUGAUAAUUGAUUAAGUUCGUAUUAUUGAAUGAGUUGUUAAUUUGAGUAAAAAACUUAGUGUUUU